AUGGACAAGACACGACAAGCCAUAAAACCAUCCAGACCGACUUCUACUCUUGCUCAAAAGAAUAAGGUAGCAACAGCCACCACGACCUCGACUACGACCACGACUACAACUACGCCUUCCACCACCAGAACAACCAAAAAAACUUUUUAUCCUGCUCCACCACGAACUGCUCAAGCCAAAGUUACCCUCCAUACAAUUAGUAACAAAAGUAGUCUUAAUACAAAUACCAACACCAAUAAUAACAGUAGUGCCAAUAGUAACCCUAGCAAGAAUAUUGGAGGCGCCGGAAAUCUUCUCAACAAGGCAUAUAAGCGCAAGUCCGUGCCUGCUCUUUCAUCUACAAUGACUUCCACAAACACAUCAUCCACGCUUGGGGCCAAAAACAGGCUUACAUCAUCUUCACCUACCGAAAAGAAAAAUCCUCUUCACCCGCAACAAAAUUCCACACGGGUCUUCCCUGAAAAAAGCGAAUCCGAAAAUGAUCAACAGAUAGCAUCACACAAAGAAAAACUCAAGGGUGUAGAUACUGAAAAGGAGAAAGACACCACCAUCAACACCAAAGAAAAAGACAAGGAGUUAGAAAAGGAGAAGUUGAAAGCCAAGGGCCGUUCAGAAGAUGUGGGCUGCUCUCCUUAUUCUGAUGAAGAAGAGGAUAUGGAGGACUACAAGAAAGGCGGCUAUCAUUACGUCUCUGUCGGAGAUGUCUUCCAUGAGGGUAGAUAUGUCGUCCUACGGAAAUUAGGCUGGGGCCACUUCUCGACUGUCUGGCUUGCAAAGGACACAAUGAAAAAUCGUCAUGUAGCCCUCAAAAUCGUAAAGUCUGCAACACACUACACAGAGACAGCGCUGGAUGAGAUCAAAUUACUGGAGCGUGUCGUCCAGGCUAACCCAAAUGCACCCGGUCGGAAAUAUGUCGUAGAGCUAUUGGAUCACUUCAUGCACCAGGGUCCCCAUGGGACACAUGUUUGCAUGGUAUUUGAAGUUCUCGGGGAGAACCUGCUGAGUCUGAUCAGACGAUAUCAACAUCGUGGCAUUCCUACUCAUUUAGUCCAACAAAUCAUAUACCAAGUUCUAAUGGGAUUGGACUAUAUGCAUCGAGAAUGUGGUAUUAUUCACACGGAUCUGAAACCUGAAAACGUACUGGUCUGUGUGGAGGAUGUAGAGGAAGUUGUGAAGGAUCUGUUGCAGGAAGAUCAUAUCGACAAUAACAACAGUUCUCGUAACCAGCCAAACGAGUCGAAUAACAAGAUUGUAGGCAGUAAGCCAUUUGUGCAUGGCGCACGUGCUUCGCUGGCGAGCAACAAUAGCAGCAAGAGUCAGAUUAGCGCACCAUCCUCAGUCGUCCCAGAUUCCUCGUUCAAAACAACUUCUUUCUCGCCAUCAUCACCGACCCACUCUCACCAUGGCUCUGAGACCAAUAUCGAAAUCAUGCCAUCACAGAAGACUGAAAAGAAGGAGCCAUUAAAAGACAGAGCGCCGCCCACGCCGACAUCAACAGCCUCCCGCUCAUCAUCAUUGGAUAAUAGCAAAGACUUGCCAACAAUCACAGUCAAGAUUGCAGAUCUUGGUAACGCAUGUUGGGAAGACCAUCAUUUCACCAAUGAUAUCCAGACGCGACAGUAUCGAUCACCUGAGGUGAUUCUUGGAGCCAAAUGGGGUGCAAGCACUGAUGUGUGGAGCGUAGCAUGUAUGACGUUUGAAUUACUCACGAGCGACUACCUAUUUGAUCCGCAAAGUGGUCCAUCCUUUAGCAAGAAUGAUGAUCACAUUGCUCAAAUCAUAGAAUUGAUGGGCCAUUUCUCAAAGAAGUUGGCGUUGAGUGGGAAGUAUUCACAUGAGAUGUUUAAUCGUCGAGGAGAGUUACGGAGGAUCCAAAAGCUGAGAAUGUGGAAACUAGAAGAUGUUCUGAAGGAGAAGUAUGUGAUGCCGCAACGGGAUGCUGCGGUCUUGUCUGACUUUAUGGAAAAAAUGUUGCAGCUGGAUCCAUCCCAGCGUGCAACGGCAGGGGAGAUGGCCCGGCAUCCAUGGUUGCGAUACAAUCCUGAACUUGGUACUAAUGCAGAUGCUGAGAAUGAUGAUGCCGAUGGCGAUGGCGAUAGCAAAAGAAAACAAGGCGAGAAAGCUUUUGCAAAGAGUAUACCCUCGCCCCCAAAUAGCGAACGGAGGUAUUCUGUGUGA